AUGGCUUUUACUUUAGGACAUGCAUUCUCACAUAUACUCAUCUUUGUAGGUUCACUCUCAAUAUUCCUAGGUACCCCUUCCUCUUGUUUUAAACCCAAAAAACUUGUUAUUGUUACUUCGAACUUCUCAUCUCAUUCAGAUUCUUCAUCUUCAAUGGCUACUUGGUAUGGACCUCCCGACGGUGAUGGAAGUGAAGGCGGUGCUUGUGGAUAUGGAAAUGCUGUUGGCCUGUCUCCAUUCAACUCAAUGAUAUCAGCCGGAAGCCAAUUCAUCUUCCAAGAAGGCGAAGGAUGUGGCUCUUGUUAUGAGAUUACGUGCACAGGAAAUUCUGCAUGCUCAGGAAACCCUGUGACAGUAGUUAUCACUGAUAAGUGUCCUGAGUGUAGUCAUUAUUUUGAUUUGAGUGGCAAAGCUUUUAGUUCCAUGGCAAUUUCAGGUCAAGCUGAGAAGCUACGAACAGCUGGGAAAGUAGCAGUUCAAUAUCAAAGAGUUGCAUGCAACUAUCCUGGGGUAUCAAUAACUUUUCGUGUGGAUCCUGGAUCUAACCAACAAUAUUUUGCUAUUGUAAUUGAGUAUGAAGACGGGGAUGGUGAUCUCAAAACAGUUGAGCUCCAAGAAGACACAGCAACAUGGGAAGCCAUGCAACGAUCAUGGGGUGCUGUUUGGAAAUUUGAUAAAGGGGCACUACUUCAUGCACCAUUUUCUAUUAGGCUAACCACAAUUGAGACUGGCAAAAUCUUUGUUGCCAAUAAUGUGAUCCCUGCAGGUUGGCAGCCUGGCCAAACUUUUAGGGCAGUUGGAAAUUUUAAUUAG